UAAACAACAACAAGGAAGUGGAAAGAGAAGUCCCGAGGUGCAAAAUGCAACAGUCACGCUAAAUAUAUUAGAAGUGAUUUUCUAAUUUUAAACGCCAGCAAAUCAGGAUUAUUGUGCAAUAGUUUUCGUUCUUCACAAGUGACACGAUGGAGGGCUCCAAGUCGUCGAGCACAAUCAUGCAGGUCAGCUUCGUGUGUCAGCGGUGCUGUCAGCCGCUUAAACUGGACACAUCUUUCAAUGUGCUCGAUCGGGUCACAAUCCAGGAACUCAUUGCUCCGCUGGUCACAGUGACUCCCAGCAAACAGGCUGACAGCACUGAGGGAGAGACGGCACCAGAGGAGACCUUUGUAGAAAACAAGCAAGGUGGAGUGUCAAGAAAAUACAUCCCUCCCGCACGGAUGAUGUCAACAGAGAGCGCCAACAGCUUCACACUGAUUGGAGAAGCAUCGGAUGGUGGUACCAUGGAAAAUCUUAGCCGUAGGCUGAAGGUGACCAGCGACCUGUUUGACAUCAUGUCGGGCCAGACAGACGUGGACCACCCGCUGUGUGAGGAAUGUACCGACACCCUGCUUGAUCACCUGGACACGCAGCUCAACAUCACAGAGAACGAAUGCCAGAAUUACAAGCAGUGCCUGGAGCUGCUGUCACACCUGCAGGUGGAGGGAGAGGAGACCCUGCUGGCAGAGCUGCAUCACCUGAAGCAGGAGGAGGAUGCUCUGGUCCAGGAGCUGGAGACAGUGGAGGAGCAGAGGGCUGCUGUGGCCCAGGACCUGAGCCAGAGCAGGGUCCACUCUCAGCAGCUGGACACAGAGGAGCUACAGUACCAGAAGGAGUACAGCGAGUUUAAACGGCAACAGCUGGAGCUGGAUGAUGAGCUGAAGAGUGUCGAGAACCAGAUGCGUUACUGCCAGAUUCAGCUAGAUCGCCUGAAAAAGACCAAUGUCUUCAACGCCACAUUUCACAUCUGGCACAGCGGCCAGUUUGGAACCAUAAACAACUUCCGUCUGGGUCGACUUCCCAGCGUCCCGGUGGAGUGGAAUGAGAUCAACGCGGCCUGGGGGCAGACGGUGCUGCUGCUGCACGCUCUGGCCAACAAAAUGGGGCUGCGCUUCCAGAGAUAUCGUCUUGUCCCGUACGGAAACCACUCAUACUUAGAGUCCCUGACAGACAAGUCCAAGGAACUUCCUCUGUACUGCUCAGGUGGCCUGAGGUUCUUCUGGGACAAUAAGUUCGACCACGCCAUGGUGGCCUUCCUGGACUGUGUCCAGCAGUUCAAAGAGGAGGUGGAAAAAGGAGACACUGGCUUCUGCCUUCCAUACAGGAUGGAUGUGGAGAAGGGCAAGAUCGAGGACACCGGUGGCAGCGGCGGCUCCUACUCCAUCAAAACGCAAUUCAACUCUGAGGAGCAGUGGACCAAAGCGCUCAAGUUCAUGCUCACCAACCUGAAGUGGGGACUGGCCUGGGUCACGUCACAGUUCUACAACAGAUAAGACUUUCUGGACAAUGCGUCGCGAUGUUGCGUAUGCUCCUCUGAUGGAUGGAUUUCGUGUGAAUCUUAUUACUUACUUGGCCAAAGGAAAAAAAUAAGUGGUUUUGUGUGUACCAUUUUUGCAAGUCUUUUCAGUACAAAAGAAGCAUGAAGCAAUGUUGUAGAUCUUCAGUCCAGAUUGUCUGUGUUUUUACGUGUUACAAAGACGGGAUAAUUUGUAUUUGUAUAUAAAUUGGGGGCCCACUUUGGAAACAUGAAAGACGGGCCCGGUUUGUCGUCACGUCUCCCUUAGCGAGCAGAGUGAGAUAACUACAUGUUAUUGCAAAUGGAAGUCUCUAUUUCUUUUUCUGGCUUUUUCUAAAGCGCUGACGUUGCAUCAAGACAACCUCACACGUCUUCAGACUAGAAUGUAAUUUAAAAGAAAUCUCCACCAAAUUCACUUCUAACCACUUUGUGAAGUUCUGCGGUUGUGCUGCACACCUUUGAAAUCACUUUCUUCAGUGAGAAAAAUGUUUUUCUCAAUGUCCCAAUUGCAUGAGCUGUAAGAGGUCAUUGUAAUAGACUAACACUGUGUAGUAUUCAACAAGAGUGUCAGUAUUUUAUUUACCUCGAAUGCAGUCAUCUCGUUUGCCACUUGCGUACAUACGUUGCAGGUUAACUGUUGUUUUUGGAGGUACACCGAUACAGCUCCUUUGUGUUCGUACUCUGCACCACAAUGUUAAAUGUGUCUUUUAGACAUGAUGGAUACUUUUAAUGGUGGGAUUUGAGUAAAUAAAACAUUUCAUGCUGUGAAAAACGUUGUGUGGAAAGUUUUUUUUAUAGAUUAAAUGCAUUUGACACAAUGUAAUUGCUAACAUCGAAACACACUCAAACUACGUAACGGUAUACCAAUGGCAACAGCAUGAAUGAUUCAAUAAAUAUAUACUCAGUAUUGUCCUUUGCAAUACAUGUACUAUUUGUCCACUUUCCCAAAUCAAGUUAAGACACCACAGAGUUAAUCAAGUGUUUUUUUUAAUGCUUUCAUAAUUAUUUCUGUGUAAUCUUAACUCAUUACAGCACUCACUCAGUCAGCCCCCCUAUAAGGUUAACAGAAACAUUAGAGGGGGUACAUUUCAUGGAAAAAUAUGGACUUAAUUAAAAUAAGCUGACUUCCAGUUAUCCAGUAAAAUAUUUAGUCAUUUAUGAACCUCUAAUAGUGCCAUGUCAUCAAGGUAGACCUUCAACUGUGGUCAUCAGUCAUUCCUUAAAAGUCCCAGGUUCAACCCUAUAGGGACACACAUUUCAAACUGACCACUUUAGUUCUGGAAAAGAGUUUGAUAGAUGAUGCAUUUUAAACAGAAUGGGAUGGGAUGAAAUUUCAUUAAUACUUCUUCCCAACCUUCCACAGAGUACAGGCAGCUGAUCUUUCACACAUGGCGUACUUCUCAGCCUGUCGGUUGUGCAAUUUUUUCGGGUGCUUUUACUAUUUAUCAGGUAAAAAAGCCCCUUGAAAGGUUUUUGUUAGUGCAUGCAUAUGGGCAAAUCUUUGGGUUCUACUGAGCCCACAGACUGGCCCUUCAUUUUUUUUAGCACUUGGAUGAUCGUGGUGGGCACAAUUCCUACUACAUCACCACGUCAUCCAUCAUUUUGGUUCCAUUCACACUUUUAGGAUCCCUACAUCCCAUCGUGCUCUCUGCCCGCUCACAAUCAAGAGAGCAAAAGGAGGCGUUUGAUCAAGUGUGCAACGUCUCUGCGCGGCUUCGUCCUUAACCUGGGUUUUAUUCCGGUUUCUCUCAGCCCGUUUCAGUUGGAGGCACUGCUGCCGUAGCAGCCGGAGGUGGAGGGAAGAGGAGGUGCCUGAGGUGUGCUGCUGGCCAGGGCUUUGCGAAUGUGGGGCAUU